CAUAACCAUACCAUGCACUCAUGAUUUUGACAUUUAAGUUAAUGUUAAAAGUAUUUCUAAGAAGGAUAUUAAUAUUGUUUUUUUGAAAGCGGGGGCUACGAUAGGUGACAAAAUUGUUGUUGUAUAUUUUGUAAAUAUUUAUGGACGUGGCACAAAUUUCUAAUUAAUUUUGGUAAAAAAUAUAAAUAUUAGCUAAACAUAUCGAUAAAAAAAAUAUUCAAUAUGUGCAUUUUUGCAAAAUUACUUGACUUUUCACUUCUUGAGUUGUUUAUGUACAUUGGAUUGACACUUAUACCACUUAUCAUAUUUGCAGCAACCUUAACGCAGAGAAAAAUGACAAAACCGUAUCCCAUUAUAAAAAGACAUAAGGAAGAAAAAUAUUUCUUUAAUUCCGAAAGUGAUUCUUUAGAAGAAUUUCCUUCAAUUGAAGAUGAACCAACACUUUUUUUGAGUGUAAUUAUCCCGGCUUAUAAUGAAGAAGAAAGAUUACCAAAAAUGUUAGACGAAUGUUUAGAAUUUUUAGAAGAAAAAUCAAAAAAAUCGUAUUUUACAUUUGAGGUAAUUAUUGUAAGUGAUGGAAGUACAGAUAAAACAGUUAAUGUAGGAUUAGAAUAUGCAAAAAAAUCUUCCAGUAAACAAAUAAGAGUAUUGGAAUUAAAAGAAAAUCGGGGGAAAGGUGGCGCAGUUAGAUUGGGAAUGUUAAGCUCUAGAGGAAAAUUUCUUUUAUUCGCUGAUGCUGACGGCGCAACAAAAUUUUCUGAAUAUAAUAAACUAGAAGAUCAAAUUACACGUUUAGUAGCGAAUUGGAAAGAAUGUGGUAUAGCAAUAGGUUCUAGAGCGCAUUUAGAGAAAGAAGCUAGCGCACAAAGAAGUAUUUUUAGGCAGUUAUUGAUGCAUGGUUUUCAUUUUCUAGUUUGGUUAUUUGCUGUUAGAGGAAUUCGAGAUACCCAAUGUGGUUUUAAAUUACUGACUAGAGCAGCAGCUAGAAAAAUUUUUAAUAUAAUGCAUGUUGAAAAAUGGGCUUUUGAUGUUGAGUUACUAUACAUCGCACAAUAUUUAAAAAUGCCAAUAAAAGAAAUUGCAGUUUGUUGGACAGAAAUUGAAGGUUCGAAAAUCGUUCCUUUUUGGUCAUGGUUGCAAAUGGGAAUUGAUCUCUUUUUAAUAUGGUUUCGUUAUUUAAUAGGAGCUUGGAAAAUCAAUGAUAUGUAUUUAUAAAGUAGAUUUAAGAAUAAUAUUAUACAUUCCUUAAUAAAUUUUUGGUAAUACAUGUAUGUAA